AAGACGAUUGCCAAGAUAGACGAACAGAGAGAAGAACAUAGAGAACAAACUUGGCUUGCUUGCCGCCACUGCAACCAGACAUCGACCAUGAGUGAUGACGACUUCAACUUGGACUCUGGGUCGGACGAAGAGUACGACUUUGAGUACGAAUCUGAUGAGGGAUCUGACGAUGACGACGCCAACCUCGAGAACACAUACUACAAUGCCAAGAAUUACAAAACAGAUGACCCCGACAAGGCCCUCGAAGAGUUCAAGAAGGUGAUCGACAACGAGCCUGAGAAGGGCGACUGGGGAUUCAAGGCACACAAACAGUCACUCAAAGUGUUGUUUGCACAAAAACGAUACGACGAGUUCUUCGACACGUACAAGUCUCUCCUCACAUACAUUAAGUCUGCUGUGACACAAAACUACAGCAGCCGUUCCAUCAACUCCAUCUUGGAGUACGUCUCAACCGGGUUCAACCCUGAACAGCUGGAGCAGAUUUUCCGCGUGACGCUGGACGCACUUCGGGAGAGCAGAAACCAGCGCCUCUGGUUCAAGACAAAUCUCAAGUUUGGCAAGGUUUUGCUUGACAAGGGCGACUUUGUGCGGCUGCGGGAGGUGGUGCAGGAGCUGCACAGCUCGCUCGAGCCCGCGGAGGGGGAGGGUGAUGCCGGCGACGACGACGACGCGGAUUCGCGCAACGGCACGCAGCUGAUGGAGAUUUACGCGCUGGAGAUUCAGAUGUACACCGCUCAGAAGGAGACGAAGAAGCUCAAGGACCUGUACAAGCGGGCACUGCGCAUCCGGUCCGCAAUUCCGCACCCGUACAUCCUCGGCAUCGUCAGAGAGUGCGGCGGGAAGAUGCAUCUUGAUGAACAGCAGUGGUCGCAGGCCUACGAGGACUUCUUUGAGGCGUUCAAGAGCUACGAUGAGAGCGGGAGCGACAAGAAGAUUUCGUGCCUGAAGUAUCUUGUGCUGGCAAACAUGCUCAUGAAGUCAAACGUCGACCCCUUUGAUGCCCAAGAGUCCAAACCGUACAAGAACGACCCUCAGAUUGUCGCCAUGACAGAUCUCGUCGGGGCGUACCAAGCGAACGACGUCAAGGCGUUUGAGCGCAUUCUGCGCGUGCACGAGGCGGCCAUCAUGGGCGAUCCGUUUGUGCGCUCGUACAUUGAGGACCUUCUGCGAAACAUCCGCACAGAGGCGAUGGUGAAGCUCAUCAGGCCGUACACGCGCGUGCGCAUUUCGUUCAUCAGUGACCGCCUGGGCAUCACGGAGGAGGAGGUGGUGGAUCUGCUCGUCGCCGCCAUCCUCGACAAGGCUGUGCAAGGACAGAUUGACCACGUGGAGCGGCUGGUUGUGCUGCAGCAGCAGGAGCGCGUGGGCAGAUAUGCGUCGCUGGUGGAGUGGGCAGACAAGCUCGACACCAUCAUCUCCGCAGCCGAACACAUCAUCUAGUGGUGUGUGUGUGUGUGUGUGUGUGUGUGUGUGUGUGUGUGUGUGUGUGUGUGUGUGUGUGUGUGUGUGUGUGUGUGUGCUUUGCACGUGCUCUCCCCACCCUCCUCUUUUGUCCACCCUUCCUCCCAUUUUGCUUGUCUUGUGUGCCAGCAAGCUUGCGUGUCAUCUGCAUUGUUCAGCUGCAUGUUCGUGUGUUUGUUUAUGGGGACUGUGUAACUGCCCAGCGAUACAUAUUAAUACAACAUCCGCAACGCA